AGUUAACAUGCAUCGUUCAUUAAAAACAAAAGUGGUUUUCCCAAAAUUAAUAUAAACCAGUUCAUGAUUUCCAUAUAUACAUUCUUCGUAAUACGCUUCACAUAAGUUUUAAACACUCAAAUAUGGGCUGCAGUGCUGCCAAGAACUUGACAGUGGAACCUUUAGACGCCAGUUUAACCAACGGUCAUGCAGAAACAAGGACUUCACCAUUAGCACCACAGCCUCAACAUAAUUUACCUCCGUUAGAAGCAGAAGAUCUUCAAGAAGAGUUAAUAGAGAACAAUACUGUUAAUAAUGUCCUCCAUGGAGUGAAUGGCGUGUCAUUUGAAAUUGCGUUUGAAGAAGAAGAUAAUGAUGAUAGUAUUGUGAAAAAACACCCUCCUAAAAGAAUUUUAGAGAGAUUGGAAGAGCCCUCGACAUCGCCAGUUACAUUAGAGAAACUCCAAGAAAAACUAGACGAAGCAGAAACUAGACGACAACAGAUUUUGGCUCAAAGAAUACAGUCAGCAGGUAUGAAAGCCCAAUUGAAGAAACCAUUAAAUAAUGAUAAUGAAACUGAUCAUGAAGAAGGAGACUUCCUUAAAGUUCCGGUUGUUCCAGUUGAGCCUGUAUCUAAAAUAAAUAAUAAUAAUAAUGAUCUUUCAUAUUGGUAA